GCUUCCAAACCUGGUAUCCUCACUGACUGGCCAUGGAAGCCUCUUGGGAGCUUUAAGGUAAUGAAAUUAUCAACAGUUGAUUACCUUCUUUGGACAUACAUGCAUGCAGUAGUUUAGGAUCAUCAGUUGUGCAUGAAUAGUACCUCAUUUUACUACAAGAAUACUAACUUUUUCCGGUGACGAUGAAUGUUUACGCUGGAAAUAAUACCGUGUCAUGAAACUUCAUUCUAAUUAUUGUGUCAUAUUUGGUUCAUUAGUAUUGUUCUCUUGGGAUCAUUGCGUGGUAUAUUAUCAAAUGACUAGAAAAGUUUUCAAGUAUCGUUUUUCUUAUAAUUACACAAGAUGCAUGCAAUAUUUUAUUCUCUUCUUGUUAAAUUUGACUAUUAACAGGGAUAUUGAAAAAAAGGUGAUAUAUGGGUCAUGAAUGAGAUAAAGUGCAACUAAUUUUUUACUUAAAUUAUAGGAUCAAUGCAUCGUUUGGUUACACAUUUCAGAUGAAAUAUUUUGUUGAAAGUUGAAUAAAAUAUUGUUAGAAAUCACGUUGAUGUUGAUGAGUCAAUGUGACCCAUUCUGCCCAGCCGUUUCCUUCAAGAGCAAGAGCGCUAAGAUGAAGUACAACCCAAGAGUCUCGAGCUCUCGCCGCAAAAGCAGGAAGGCACACUUCAUGGUGCCGUCGAGCGUGAGGCGCGUGCUGAUGAGCGCGCUACUCUUGAACAACCUGAGGAAAAAGUACAAUGUGCGGUUGAUGUUGGUGCGCAAGGAUGAUGAAGUCCAGGUGGUGCGCGAGACGUACAACGAUCGCAAGGGCAAGGUGGUCCAGGUGUAUCAACUGAAGUGGGUCAUACACAUCAAACGGAUCACCCACGAGAAGGUGAGCAGGUCAACUGUCAACAUCGGCAUCAAUUCAUCUAAGGUGGUAAUCACCAAACUCCACCUCGACAAGGAUUGUAAGUCCCUUCUUGACUGCAAGGCCAAGGGUCGCUCUACUGCGGACAAGGACAAGGGCUCCAAGUUCAUUGUUGAGGAUAUCAUGCAGAUCAUUGAUUAAUUCAAUAUAUCAAGGAAAUAUUUUUCUGGGAUUGUCAAGCUUCUGUUAUUGCCUUUAGUAUGUUUUUGAAUGUUAUAUUUGUUGGAUCUAAAUAUUUGGGUCUCUCGAAGAUCUGGAUGUUUUGGUGUUUAA